AUAGUCACCCACACGCAAGAAGCAGCUGCAAGGGGAGAAAAAAGCAAACAAAUUCUUCGAAAACGCUCAUUUAAAGCUAUCUGCAGCAGCAAGUUCCAAGCGUGAGAGUUCCGGUGUAAGAAGAACUGCAAGAUGACCGAUUCAAAGUAUUUUACGACCACAAAAAAGGGUGAAAUUUUCGAGCUCAAGUCCGAGUUAAACAAUGACAAGAAGGAGAAGAAGAAGGAGGCGGUUAAGAAGGUGAUUGCCAGCAUGACCGUUGGCAAGGAUGUGUCUGCGUUGUUCCCAGACGUUGUCAACUGCAUGCAAACGGACAAUCUGGAGUUGAAGAAGCUUGUCUAUUUAUAUUUGAUGAACUAUGCCAAAUCGCAGCCGGAUAUGGCAAUUAUGGCGGUCAAUACGUUUGUCAAGGAUUGCGAAGAUUCGAAUCCGCUGAUACGGGCGCUGGCCGUGCGCACCAUGGGCUGCAUACGCGUGGACAAGAUCACCGAAUAUCUGUGCGAGCCUCUGCGUAAAUGCUUAAAGGAUGAGGAUCCGUAUGUGCGUAAAACAGCGGCAGUUUGUGUGGCCAAGUUAUAUGAUAUUUCAGCGACAAUGGUCGAGGAUCAAGGCUUCCUGGAUCAACUCAAAGAUCUGCUCUCCGAUUCGAAUCCGAUGGUGGUGGCCAAUGCCGUUGCCGCACUCAGUGAAAUCAAUGAGGCCAGUCAGUCGGGCCAGCCCCUGGUCGAGAUGAACUCGGUGACGAUUAACAAGCUGCUGACGGCACUGAAUGAGUGUACCGAGUGGGGACAAGUCUUCAUACUGGACUCAUUGGCCAACUACAGUCCGAAGGAUGAGCGCGAGGCUCAAUCCAUUUGCGAGCGGAUUACACCACGAUUGGCUCAUGCCAAUGCGGCGGUUGUCCUCAGUGCCGUCAAGGUGUUAAUGAAGCUGCUGGAAAUGUUGUCCAGUGAUAGCGAUUUCUGUGCCACGCUUACCAAGAAGCUGGCGCCGCCGCUCGUUACGCUGCUCUCCUCCGAGCCAGAGGUGCAGUAUGUCGCCUUGCGUAACAUUAACUUAAUUGUCCAGAAGCGACCGGACAUCCUCAAGCACGAGAUGAAAGUGUUCUUUGUCAAAUACAAUGAUCCAAUCUAUGUGAAGCUUGAGAAAUUGGAUAUUAUGAUUCGACUGGCCAAUCAGAGCAAUAUUGCUCAGGUGCUCAGUGAGCUAAAGGAAUAUGCCACCGAGGUGGAUGUGGAUUUUGUGCGCAAAGCUGUGCGAGCCAUUGGACGAUGUGCCAUCAAAGUGGAGCCGUCAGCGGAGCGUUGUGUGUCCACGCUGCUGGAUCUGAUACAGACGAAGGUCAACUAUGUGGUCCAGGAGGCCAUUGUUGUCAUCAAGGACAUCUUCCGCAAGUAUCCCAAUAAAUACGAGAGCAUCAUCAGCACACUGUGCGAGAAUCUGGACACACUCGAUGAGCCGGAGGCGCGUGCCUCGAUGGUGUGGAUCAUUGGCGAGUAUGCGGAGCGCAUUGACAAUGCCGAUGAACUGCUUGACAGCUUCCUGGAGGGAUUCCAGGAUGAAAAUGCACAGGUGCAGUUGCAGCUGCUGACCGCUGUGGUCAAACUCUUCCUGAAGCGACCAUCGGACACUCAGGAGCUAGUGCAGCACGUACUCUCCCUGGCCACCCAGGACUCGGAUAAUCCAGAUUUGCGUGAUCGUGGUUUUAUCUACUGGCGUCUGCUCUCCACUGACCCGGCUGCGGCCAAGGAGGUAGUUCUUGCCGACAAACCGCUCAUUUCGGAGGAAACGGACCUGCUGGAGCCGACGUUGCUGGACGAGCUGAUCUGUCACAUUAGCUCGCUGGCCAGCGUCUACCACAAGCCGCCUACUGCUUUUGUGGAGGGUCGCGGCGCUGGUGUGCGCAAAUCUCUUCCAAAUCGCGCUGCUGGCACCGGCAACGCCAACGCCGAGCCGUCCGAAUCCGGUGCCGGCUCUGAGGCCAUGGUCAUACCCAACCAGGAGUCACUCAUCGGUGAUCUACUCUCCAUGGACAUCAAUGCGCCCGCCAUGCCCGCUGCUCCAGCUGCAACUACCAGCAAUGUGGAUCUGUUGGGUGGCGGCCUCGAUAUACUGCUCGGUGGACCACCAGCUGCCAAUGAAACAGCGCCUGGUGGCGCCACCAGUCUGCUGGGUGACAUCUUCGGCCUCGCUGGCACCUCGCUCUCUGUUGGUGUGCAAAUACCCAAAGUCACCUGGCUGCCAGCGGAGAAGGGCAAGGGAUUGGAAAUACAAGGCACAUUCUCGCGCCGCAAUGGCGAAGUCUACAUGGACAUGACGCUCACCAACAAGGCCAUGCAGCCGAUGACCAAUUUCGCCAUACAGCUGAAUAAGAAUAGCUUUGGUCUGGUGCCCGGUUCGCCGCUGCAGGCACCGCCACUGCCUCCAAAUCAGUCAACCGAAAUUAGCUUGGCGCUGGGCACCAGUGGACCCAUUCAGCGCAUGGAGCCGCUUAACAAUCUGCAGGUGGCCGUUAAGAAUAACAUUGACAUCUUCUACUUUGCCUGCCUGGUGCAUGGAAAUGUCCUGUUCGCCGAGGAUGGUCAGCUGGAUAAGCGUGUGUUCCUUAACACAUGGAAGGAGAUCCCAGCCGCCAAUGAGCUGCAAUAUAGCCUGAGCGGUGUCAUUGGCACCACCGACGGCAUCGCCUCCAAAAUGACCACCAACAACAUUUUCACAAUUGCCAAGCGCAACGUUGAGGGUCAGGAUAUGCUCUAUCAGUCGCUCAAACUAACGAACAACAUCUGGGUGCUGCUCGAGCUGAAGCUGCAACCGGGAAAUCCAGAUGCCACACUCAGUCUCAAGUCGCGCUCUGUGGAGGUGGCCAACAUAAUAUUUACCGCCUACGAGGCAAUCAUACGUUCUCCUUAAGUUGAUCCAAGCAUCUAACAAUAGCAACAACAGCAUCUACAGCAAUAACAAUAAUAACAAAUUAUAUUCGAACAGCCAACUACAAAUCGAAAUGGAAUUAUAUACAUCCAUAAUAUAUUAAUUAUUGUAGUUAUUUGAAUGUUACGUGAGAAAUCUGUUAAAACAAAGAACACCUCAAGAUUCCAAAUUAAGCGCAAAGUUGAAGUGUAUUAUUAUUACUUACCUAUUACGAUUACAUGCAUAUAUAUACAUAUAUUUAUAUUCGCAUAUAUUCCCCCAAUAUACAUUUAUAGAUGGGCACAGGAUAUACGCAUAUACGUUAUUAUUAUCGCCUACAAAUGUUUUUCUUUUCCCCCCCGUUCAAAACUUUUGAAUGCACGAUAAAAUCGAUGUCAUCGUUAGACGCAUAUUUCAGAUUUAACCAAUUUUGUGUAAAGCGCUCGGACAGGAUAAAUGCAAAUCAGGGUUUAUCAUUCCAGUAAUUUGAUUAUCUUGAAAAGCGCUUAAUAUUAAGUAUAAAAAUACAUGUUUGUCUUGUACCAUGUGCAUGUGUUUAGCAACAAAUUAUAUAAUAUACAUAGCACACAUAUAUAAUCAAA